AUGAAAAUAGAAGAAAUUCUGAAUUUAUAUUCAACAGAAUCUCCUUUAUACUAUAUUGCAUGGGAUCAAGUUAAUGAUCUUAAGAGUAAAUUCCCAAAUCUUGAUAUUAAUAAGAUGAUUAAUAAUAUCACUCCACUCAAUUGUGCAAUUAAAUAUGGAUCAGAAUUGUGUUUCAAUUACUUGAAAAAUUUAGGAGCUGAUUAUACUGAUAACUCCGAAGAAUAUGCUGUUCAAGGCGGAAAUAAUAACAUUUUUAUGGAAAUGAUAGAAGAUGGUAAAUCAUUUGAUAACAUGAUUAAUACAGCAUUGAAAUAUCGAAACUAUGAAAUUGCUGAGUUCCUUAAAUCAAAUUUCGGACAAUUUUUUGAUUCAAUAGCAGAAAGUAUGCAUUUCGGAAAUUAUCAUGUUGCAUCUCAUUUUCUUUCUAAUGGAGGAAAUAUCAACAAAAUUUAUCAUCUCUUUCUUUUCAUUUUUAUCAAUGUUUUAUAA